UCCAGCAUGGCCAGUGCUAAAGUCAAUGGCUAUGGAGUAAACACUAAGCAACGUAAAAAACUAAUCCUUAGACAUUAAUAUAAAUUUAAACAUUUGAAGGGCACCUUAUUUACCUUGUCGGUGUUACACAGUUUAUUUAGUUUUUGCUACGAUUGAUUUUACCGGAAUCAGAGAUUACUGCGCCUUAAACGUUUCUUCUAAAUUUUUGAAAAUUUAUAAUUGAAGCAAAAUACGUGUAUUAAAUAGCUUUAUAUAUCGGGGAAAAACAAUUUUUAAUGGAAAGUUUCCCGAUAUAGAUCCAGUUUAAAACGACAAACACUUUGUACUACAUUCCGGAUGUGAUAUUAACCUUAAUUUAUGAUAUUUGCUCGAGAAUAAAAAAACGAGUAUAAUGGCUAAAAUAGUCGAAUCGUUGAAGAGACUGAGUGUUGAGCACAGUACGCGAAAAUACGACAAUCGAAACGUUAAGAGAAGAAGCGAAUUAAUAUCGUCGAUAGAGGAGACAGUAUCUCUCGAUCACAAUUACGUCCUUGCUAUCUGUGGUACACAAAGUGACCCAGAAUUUAGGAUUGGUACAGCUCUGAGCGAUCAUACAUGUGUAAUAUAUUCUGUCGGGGAAAGUUUAAGUCAAACCAUUACAUUAACUCAUAAUCAAGCACCUAUUGUUGGUAUUACAUUUAGUCCUACUUCUAGAAACAUUUUUUACACAGCAACAAGUAACGGACAGAUCACAGCGUGUGAUUUACGUGCCAAAGGGAAAAUUAUUGCAGAAUUUAAAGACUGUAUGGAAGAUGGAAAAAUGAAACCUCUAUGUAGUUUUGAUGUAAGCCACGAUGAAAGACUUGUAGCAGGUGGUACUGAACAUAUCGGAGGAGAUGCAUUCAUUUUAUUUUGGGACACACGAAAUACUAACUCAAAAUUGUAUAAUAAAAAUAAUCUACUUGGUGGAUACUGGGAAUCUCACAUGGAAGAUGUGACGUGUUUGGCAUUUCAUUCUAAUAAGCAGGACAUUUUAGCAUCUGGUAGCACAGAUGGUUUAAUUAAUGUCUUUGAUCUUACACAGCCAUCCGAAGAUUGUGCACUAACUUAUUCCUUAAAUACCGAGUCCUCUGUAGAUAGGAUAGGAUGGUUGAACGAAGAUAAUCUUUGGUGCACAACACACACACAUUCACUACAACUGUGGAACUGUGAUGGAGCAACUCCGUAUACUAAAUUUGAACGUAACAACUUAGCACUCUCCCAGAUUAAUGAUCCAGACAACUGUUACAUUGUGAAAUUUCAUGCUUCGAACGCGCUCGGACAGCCAUUUCUUAUAGCUGGCACUAGCAGUCUUAAAGGGGAAAAUUUAAGAUGCUUGAACGUCAUAAAUGAUCGAUUAGAAGUAUGUUACAACAUGGUGGGGAAUAAGCAAUUUGUACGCGACAGUUGGCUGCAUGAAAAGAGUGGUUCGUUGAUAACGGUGGGCGAAAGUGGACUUAUAAACAUAUGGAGGCAAACAGAAACAUCGCCUAAACAACAAAAUUCCAGCCACAAAUUGGUGGCAAAGUGUGGUACUGGCAAAGGGCGUGAUCGUCAACACAGGACCAAGCCAUACUGAAUAAAAAUGAUAGGAUAAAAAUUUGUAAAUGCAUAAAGAGUUUUUAUAAGUUAAUGUAAUAAACAUAAGAGAAAUAUCACGUAACAUUAACAUAAUCGUACAUUUCCCUCACGUUCUUCUUUAUUACAAUAACGGUUGUAUGUACAUUUAUAAUAAAUAGAUAUUAUUUCUUUAUGUGGCUAAUGAUUUAACAGCGAUUUAUGUGUCAAUUAAAAAAUGCAGCAAAACAUGUGUAUAUAAAUGCUAAGGAAUGUAAAUCACAUACCAGUGUGUGUGUGUGUUAAUACACACACGUGCGCGCGCGCACACUUAUGUAUGUAUGUAUACAUAUAUAUAUAUAUAUAUAUGAGAUUUUCAAGAGGAAGAAAAAUAUUAUAAAUAUUUGUUUACUCUUGCCGAGUAACAAAUUAACUGCAAUAAAUCGCCUUACAGAAAAAUUAUUUCGCUUUGCAAUGUAAGGAUUUAUUAAAAUAGGAGUGUACGAUUUGCAUUUGUCAUAAAAUAGACAUAUUUAGUGUAUUGUGAAUAAAUGGUAAUCUUGAUAAAGUAAUCAAGCAAAUAACACGAUUAUAACAAUUAAUAUUAGCGUGACCGAUAUAACGGCCAGCAGCUUAAAAGUGUUCCAACUCUAAGAGAAUUAAUGUUGAUGCAUCGAGCGAGCGCGUCUUAAAACAGAUACGCGUUCACUUAUUUAGAUAUUAUAAUUUUACAUUAACGUUUUCAAAGACGAUCGCAGUAGCGAGUAUCACAAUGAUAACAGUAGAUAUAGUUUUAGAGUAAAAUAGUAGGUACAGAGUAAACGUACAAAAAUACUUCCCAUGAGCAUCAGGGACGUAAAGAUUCGCUAAAACGUGGAAAACCGCGUUACUAAGAAUUCUUUAUGUCCUUUCUUAAACUUAUGCUGUCGUGUGACAUCAAACGUCUUGGAUGCCACGAGACGCAUGUAGGCCGCCGCACUACUCUUUAGUUGUUAUUCCAAUUUGAUUCUUCGCGUUACCCUGAAGAUGGUGUGCGACUUCAUUAUACAAAGAAAAUCUUUAAUAACAACGAACUUUAAUUGUAUCGACAUAGUGGAACGUUCUUAAUACAUACAAAGAAUACAUUCUUUAAUAUUUAUAUAUAUAUAUAUAUAUAUAUAUAAGUAUUUAAAUAUCUAUCUGGAAUGACUUUUUGGAAUUACGCUUUAGUGUUAAAACUUACUUUGCACAUAUGUUUCAUGUUUCCCUUAUAAUGAGCAUUAUGAUAUUAAGAACAGUUUAAUUUAUAUUAAGUGUUCUUGAAAUGAAGUCGAACACUCAUCCAUGAAGGCUACUAACAGGUUAAUAUAAUAUUAUUUAUGAGCUGAUAUAUGCUCGGCAUUGUUAGUAAUAGACUUGUAAGAACUCAUUAGUUAUGUUUUUUUUUUUUCACACUUUACAUAUCUUAUGGAAAUACUUUUUAGAACUAUUGUCACCACGAUUGAUUGAGACGAGCUGAUAAUGUUAAUUAUGUUUUCUUACGAGGAUAAAUUAAUUAGUCACAUGUUUUAUCAUUCUGCCUCGACGACGCUGUCCUUUAUUCGAUCAUAUUGCACGCUACAGCAUCUUGUGAGGCAAACACAUGAGACCUCUCUGUGUGUGUAUGUGUGUGUCAAAAUAAAAAAUUCUGAUUUUAUUAAAUUUUAUUAAUUUUUGUCUUAGCAAUGAUUAAAUGAAGUAACGGAAUUAACAUUUUACACGUGCAGUAUGAUCAUAGUUUGUGUAAUACUUUCUCUGAAACAAGUUCCUGUUCCACAAACAUUCGAAAGCUUUGUUCAUUGAAAAAGCCUCGCAUAAAUAAAAUACUUUAGACAAUCGCGAAAUAUUACUGAUCUUACAUAAUGCAAUAAAUAAAAUAACUUGUAGAUAAUUUAAAAAGAAAAAGAAAAAAAUGAUUGCAGAGUAAUAAUAAUGGCAGUGAAAAAUCUCGAAGCAAAAUAUCGAAUAUGAAACAUUACUUGAAUGGUUGUUUAUUCAACUGAAAUUAGCGACAGUAAACGACUGUUUUUGUUAAAGGAAUGAUACUAUGAUACUAGAAAAUCAACUUCGAUCUGUGGCUUGGCACACAUAAUAGCGAUUCAUCAUUAUUGUUAAUAAUAGGUCAUACCCGUCGUUUUAGCACGUAUUAAAAUACUUUUAAUGUUAUUGUAUAAGAAUAGCUACCGCGGUUACUCAUGCAUUCAUACAAAUACGUGCAUACACACCUACAAGUGCAUACAUGUACAUUCUUGGUAAAAUGAAGUUGUACACAUACGCGUAUAUUCAUUAUUAUUUUCAUUCAUAUGCACGUAUAUUCUUUCGCACGUUUGCAUUCACAUACGUACGUGUGACAUCAUACAUAUGCCAUGAAAAAGUAUAUAUACACAUUUAUGUAUAUGAAUUCCUAAUAUAAUGUAUUUCUCUAUCUUGCAUUUUUUAGCAAGCAGCAACAGAUUUGCUUAAAAGAUUCGUCUAAAAUCAUGUCUCUAAAACUGUCAGUCAGCUUAAUAACAUAACGAGCAAGAAUUCAACAAGAUCGAUUGAUCCUCUCCCACCAAGCCCGGCCUUUUAAUACUUUUUUUUUUUUUCACAAACAUUUCUGAGCACUAACCAUUAUCUUUUUUUAGUCCACAUAUUUUAUAUGUAUUCUUUUUACGAUAGAUUUCAUGAGAUUUUACGUAAAAUUAUAUUAUUGCCCUCAAUAGCAGUUAAAAAGUAACAUUAUUCUUUGUCGAUUUAUCGAGAAUAAUAUAUACGUUUUUAUUGACAGUAACGCCAUCAUUACGGACACGUUAAAUGCAUCACUUGUGUACGUAUAUCAUGUUGCAUUCCGAUAUACAACACGAUUAAAAUUGUUAGCAGGUAAGGAUAGAGAAAAAUGGAAAAGAAAUGGAAAAAGAAUGGAAGGGAGGGGGAGGAUUGUCUAUAAACUGAAAACGCGAGCAGAGAAAAAUUGAAAGUAACAGUAGAAUAGAAGA